GGAGAAAAGCUUGUUAAGAACCAAGCAGACAGGAGGCAAAGGAGGGGACAGGCCUGCAGGAAAUGAGCCAUUCAUCCUGCAGUUAAAUCUGACCUUCUGGCUCACGAUCAAAUGCUCCUCCAUCCGAAUACCAUAGCGUCUCUGUCCUGGGCACGGGCCGAGGGAGGGACAGAGGGAAAACUGGGAGGGAAGAGUGGGCAACUUCCCCAGCGUCUGUCUGCGUUUUAAAGAUAUACAGGGGCAGAGAGAGAGUCCCAGAAACCACCUCCUGCUCCAGACGGAGUAGAACCCGUCCCAUUUUAGACUCAGACGUCCACAAUUGCAUGUACUCAUGUUAACUGCACUGGAAAGACUUCGAUUUCCUUGCUUCUCUUGCCUAAGUGAGGGCAUUGGGGUAAAGAACGCACGCUAUUAAUAGCCGGAUGUCGGAUCAAGUCGAUGGACAAAGCAGCAGCAAGCAGAGCUAAAGUGAAACCCGGCUGGCUUGGUAUUAUUGGACCUAAAGCUAGACUCGUAGACAUCUGCUCCCGCUGACAGGACAACCUCAAGUUCCUUUUUUUCUCACUUAUUGCUGUUGCAUACCGAGAGCAAGUUCUAGGAACUUAUUGGAUGGUCCUGCGAUGGAAUGGAGCGUGUGGGCUGCUGCAGCUGUGGAGACCUCCCUUCACCAGGGUGUUGAGUUCUGGAGCGCUUACAUUUCCUCAGCUUCACUCACAGACCUGCACCUACUGUGCGACAGGAUCAGACUUUGAGACUCGAUUCGGCCUCUAGAUCGGAAAUCUUGAUCGCAGAUGCCAGGAUGCGGCGCUUUGACAAGCUCAAGAAAUCCUUUCCCUUUCUCGCUCACUUUUAUUUCUACAGAAAGCUGGGCAGCAGUAUGCAGUGUGAAGAGGGCACCGAGUGGCUCCUGGAGCUGCUGACGGAGGUUCAGCUGCAGCAGUACUUCCUGCGCAUCCGUGACGACCUCAACGUCACGCGCCUCUCCCACUUCGAUUACGUGAAGAACGAGGACCUGGAGAAGAUCGGCAUGGGUCGGCCUGGCCAGAGGAGGUUGUGGGAGGCGGUGAAAAGGAGGAAAGCGAUGUGCAAGCGCAAGUCCUGGAUGAGUAAGGUGUUCAGCGCAAAGAGGCCGGACGGAGAUUUUCAGCCACAAGCAACCAGCACGUUCAGGAAGCUCUCGUCCACUCCCCCGCCCGCCGAUGCCCAGCAGCAGGCCCUCACCUGCCUGAUCAGUGAGAAGGAGCUGGUGCUGUGUGAAAAGCUUGGAGAUGGUUCCUUCGGCGUGGUGAAGCGUGGAGAGUGGGUCACACCCGGCGGAAAAGUGGUGAACGUCGCCGUUAAGUGUCUGAAGACGGACAUGCUGAGCCAGCCGGAUGCGCUAGAUGACUUUAUUCGUGAGGUCAACGCCAUGCACUCGCUCGACCACCAGAACCUCAUCCGCCUCUACGGAGUCGUCCUUACUCACCCCAUGAAGAUGGUGACGGAGUUGGCUCCUUUCGGCUCGUUGCUGGACCGCCUGAGGAAGAACCAGGGUCAUUUCCUUAUCUCCACACUGUGCCAGUACGCCAUUCAGAUCGCCAGCGGCAUGGCGUAUUUAGAGACCAGACGCUUCAUUCAUCGAGACCUGGCUGCCCGUAACAUCCUGCUGGCCUCCAGUGACCUGGUAAAGAUCGGGGACUUCGGCCUGAUGAGGGCGCUGCCCCACAACGACGAUCAUUACGUCAUGCAGGAGCACCGCAAGGUUCCUUUCGCCUGGUGUGCCCCGGAGAGCCUGAAGACACGGACGUUCUCCCAUGCAACAGAUACGUGGAUGUUUGGGGUGACUCUGUGGGAGAUGUGCACCUACGGACAGGAACCGUGGCUCGGCCUCAACGGCAGUCAGAUCCUACAUAAGAUCGACAAGGAGAGUGAGCGCCUGCCCAAACCAGAGGACUGUCCUCAGGACAUCUACAACGUCAUGAUGCAGUGCUGGGCUCAGAAACCCGACGACCGGCCGACGUUCGUGGCUCUCCGAGAGUUUUUGGUGGAGACGAUGCCGACAGACAUGAGAGCGCUGCAGGACUUCGACGAGCCCGACAAACUGCACAUCCAGAGCAACGAUGUCAUCACCAUCAUCGAGGGCAGGGCGGAGAACUACUGGUGGCGAGGGCAGAAUAAACGCACCCUGAAGGUGGGUCAGUUCCCCAGAAAUGCCGUCACCUCUGUAGCCGGACUCUCGGCGCACGAUAUCAGCCGUCCUCUAAAAAACAGCUUCAUUCACACGGGCCACGGAGACACGAACCCUCAGCGCUGCUGGGGCCAGCCGGACAAGAUCGACGAUUUGUAUCUGGGGAACCCCAUGGACCCUCCCGAUGUGCUCGGCGUAGAUCCGAAUGCUCAGCGGCCCACGCCGCUUCCUGGACGAGCCAAAAAACCAACCUAUGACCCGGUGCUUGAUGAUGAAGAGCUUACAUCCUCUGCCCUGAAGCGACUCUCUUUAAAAAAGGCGAGCAUGAAGGGCCUGAAACUAAAGCCGUCUGCCUGGGUCUCGGCCACGAAGCUGGGAGAUCGCUCGAUUUACGGUGCCCGAACUCCAGGGGGCAGCACUCCCACCGAGGUCUCCCUCAUAGACUUCGGAGAGGACAUGCCCCCAUCUACACCCUCCCCUGAGAUGGAGAUUCAAAUCCCUAGCCUUGCCAGAUUGGCUCUGGAUGCCGAGAAUAUUCUGGACAGAACGCCACCCCAUAGCCCCUCCCGCUUUUUACCCCGGCCCCUACACCCCACCCCGGUGGUAGACUGGGACUCGAGGCCUCUUCCACCUCCUCCUGCGUACGAUGACGUAGCACAAGAUGAAGACGACAUCGAGGUCAGCUCGAUCAACAGCGCUGAGAUGAGAACUCGUGAUGAACCGAGCUUGCCAGACGGAAGCCGCUCUCCUGGAUUGGAGGAUACAUGUCGCGUCGAGGACAACCUUUUUCUCCCGAGCAUGCAGAGACGCUCCCGGACCUUCUCCCAAUCCGCCGAGAUCUUCCAGGAGCUCCAGCAGGAGUGUAUGAGGCGCCUUAACGUCCCCGUAGGCUCCCCGAGUCCCGAUCCUCACCGCCAGAUUUUCCUGUCCACCUGCGAGGACAAGCCCCAGGUCCCGCCACGCGUCCCCAUUCCACCCCGGCCACCUAAAAGCGCUGGGGGCGAGUGCAUUCGCUGGUCACGUGACCUCUCGCCGGUGUCGGGAGGCGAGGAGGAAAAAGAGCGUCCGCCUCAGAUUCCUCCCAGGGAUCCGCUUUCUCAGCCGUGCUCACGUACACCAAGCCCAAUGAACCGAUACCUCUCUACCUCGCCGGGCAAGUUCAUGCCCACCACACAGAGCUUCGCCUCUGACCCUAAAUAUGCUGCGCCAAAGGUCAUUCAAGCUCAAGGCAGGGAUAGGGACACAGCCAAAGUGCCCUGCAUACUUCCUAUAGUCAGAGACGGCAAAAAAGUGAGCAGCACGCACUACUACCUGCUGCCAGAAAGGCCCACGUACCUGGACCGCUAUGACAAGUUUUUUAGAGAGGCCGAAGAAGAAGAACGGAGGCCUAUUAACAUGGCCACAGUACGACCCAUGGUGAAGCAGCAAGCCGAGACAAAGUCCAACUUCUCCUGCAAUAAUAACAGCAGCCUGGUUGGCUUAGCAGCCAGAACGGGCAUUAGGAACUCUCAGAGCCUGAACAGAAUCAGCAUGGACGGGACGGGCAUCAGGACUGACGGAGCUUAUAAUGCAGACAGAGUUAAACUGGUGCAGGAAGCGGUGCAUGGUGUGACCAUCGAGGAGUGUCAGACCGCACUGCAGAACCACAGCUGGAUCGUGCAGAAUGCCGUUCACUAUCUGAAGGUAGAGCAACUGUUCUGUCUGGGUCUAAAGUCCAGACCAGAGUGUCAUAAGAUUUUGGAGAUGUGUGACUGGAACCUGGAGCUGGCCAGCACGCAACUUUUAGACUUUUUUGGCUCAAGCAAACAGAGGCGAUGAGAGAGUCAGUGCGUGAGCAUCAUCGUCCUCCCUUCAUCACAGACUGAAUGGGGUGUGAAAUCCAGACGGGACGCUCAACCUUCCUGACUACAAGACGAAAAGUGCUCAGUGUGAGGUGCGUCCCGUUCUGACUGAGCAUCUUCCUCCUGAAGCUUUUCUAGAGGUGCACUACUGAGCUCAGAGGUCAAACGUCCAUUAAUCCUGUUUUCCCUCCGCUGAAAACACAGUGCUGCUGGUCUGGUUAAAUAGACUGCUCUUAUUUUAUUAUAUUUUAUUUUAUAAAGAGUUUUAUUUCAUGAAUGAAAACGAUUAUCAGAUGAGAGAUCUGAUAUUGUGUAUCAGUGAAUAUGUUCAGGUUGUAGAUGUAGAGUUUAUAUGUUUGUGUCAGAUGUUUGGUGUUUUUCAGACAUUUCUUUCAUUUCCUCUUGGUUUACUUCAAGAUCUUUAAACACAAAUAGAUUUUAAGUCUUUUUUCUUCCGUUACUGUCCAGAACGCUUCUGUUAGAAACUGUUCUUCUUACCAUGCAUACCAUGUAUGCAAAAUGUCAUGCGAUAUAUAUACAUUAUUUAAAAAACUUGUUAAACAUACACUUUGCUUCUGUAACUUUGACCUAUAAAGUACACGUCGUCCUCCAAAAUAGUAUUGUAAAUUUGAGUUGCAUUUAUAGAGCUGGUUAAACCAUAAGACACCCAGUAGCAGACUAUUUUCAGCUAUAACCUACUUGUGUGAAUCUUACCGAACUUUUGUUUACAUAAGGUAGCAAGAUUCUAUUCUGGACACAUUCUAAGUGACAUGCGAAAUUAACUUAUCUUCUAUUGAUGCAAAUGAAUAUGUACAAAGCAAUCUGGCACAAUUAAGUUUUCCCCAUAAUAUCAGUUAUACUUCAGACAUCUGUGACUGAGAGUCCAAGAGAUCAUAAUUAUUGCUUUUCUUAGGGUUUAAAGAUUAUCCUGCUCUCUCCUCUGUUCGAUAUACAUAAUUAUGAUAACAUACAAUAACAGCCUUUUUUAUGUUUGAAGAACAGACAAACUCAUUGUUUACAGCUCUAAAACUGUCAGUUCUUGGUAACAUCUGAUUUGUAGUCCUUUGAGCACAACUGAGAUCUUUAAUCUCAGGGUAACUGGGAAGAACUGAAAGCACAAUUGCAUUUCUCCAGAGGACAGCCAGCUAAUAUGAAAGUACCUUUAAACGAUUAUUUUCGUCAGAUCUUCAGUCAGAUGUAAUUAAGCCAGAUUUAAUUGGUGGUCAAAAUUUUUUCCAGGUAAAUUAUUUAAAAAUAUGAAAAGUGCCCAGCGGAACAAAAUCCCUCAAGUUGUGCUGUUACAUUAAACAAUUUAAAGACCUGUGUGUAUCUAAAAGAGGUUAAGAGUCACAUUACUACUAAUAAUCAUUUAAAAGUGUUGAUCAGAUACAGAUGUACACAUUAAACAUUUGACUCUCCUGUAAUAAAUGAAGGAACCAAUAAUUAAAAAAGUAAAUAAUUCAAAUAUAUCAUUUUACAAGUAAACAGCCGAUAUGCAAAUCAGAUGUUCUGUUAAUGCUUAUUGUAGUACAACUGAGAUUUCUGUAGGUGACUCAACCGGUGUGCUGUGUUGUAGGACCAGAAUAUUCUAUUGCACCAUAAUUUCCCAAAGCUUCUGGCUCUGGGUCAGUAAUCUGGACACAUGGAUAACCAUCAUAUCUGGAUCUAGCCAUUUUAACACAUAACGCUGUAGUUUUAUAACUGAAAUUAUUAUUUUGAUGUAUUGUUUUAUAUUGCAGCCCUAAAAUUACAUAUUGGACACCUAGAGAAGCACUACUAACACCACCAUGGCAUCCGCAAACAAUCCCUAGUAUGAUGUUUUCCUGCAUAACCUUUUUUCUGUCUACAUUUAGAUUUGUGGCAUUUAUCCAAAGCGACUUACAGUUAUGACUGAAUACAGUUUGACAGAUUGAGGGUUAAGAGCCUUGCUCAGGGGCUCUUUCUGAUGCAGACGGGUCACCUUUAUUUACUCACCACAAAGAUACUAGUAACACAGCUAUUAUUUGCAUGGCAAUAAAAUAUAAUGAAAUAGUUUAAAGUCAUGUAUAAGUUAUUCAGACAACAAAUGCUUACAUAGGUUUGCCUCAACCGCAUACUACAGACACCUUGGCUGCUAAUUGUAAUUUAUAUAACUCCAACAAACAAUGAUAAUGGUAUUUUCUGUUUACAGCACUUGUAUAAUAGCAGUGUGAUAAUGUCUACACACUGAACCUUACAGUAAACAUGUGGAUUCAUCCUACGUGCAAAACAAGAUUCUGUUUUGGUCUCAAAUAUGUUUUCAUUUUGGUUUCUGUUCUGGUACCUGUACCUUCUUUAUCUGAUCCAACCUGUUUGUGUAUUCUUGUGUUUAUAUGUUAAUUUUAUUUUGUCCUAAAUGGCUGUUUGUUCAAGUUGUGCACAUUUGUUUUGUUCCAAAUACAGAAGUUAUACAGUAUAAAUAUUAUGUAUUUUUU